AUGAGCCAGGAUGAAAACCAAGAGUGUCCCUUGUGUAUGGAAACUCUCGAGCUGGACGAUUUAUCAUUCUUCCCUUGCAUUUGCGGAUACCAAAUCUGUAGAUUUUGUUGGCACCGAAUUCGAACCGACGAGAAUGGACUCUGUCCCGCGUGUCGGAAGCCAUUCUCGGAGAAUCCAGCGAACUUCAAGCCUCUAUCGGUCGACGAGAUGCAACAGAAGGCGAAGAAAGAACGUCGUGCCAAGAAGCAACGUCUCAUCGAGAACCGAAAACAUCUGCAAAAUGUCCGUGUGCUGCAAAAAAACCUUGUGUUCGUGGUGGGACUUCCGACAAGAUUGGCUUGUUCGGAGCAACUCAAGAAACACGAGUGUUUCGGCAAGUUUGGGAAGAUCCACAAGGUUGUCGUCAAUCAGAGUACGUCAUAUGCUGGAUCGCAAGGGCCGAGCGCAGGCGCCUAUGUCACCUAUGUUCGGGGAGAAGACGCGUUGCGAGCCAUUCAAAACGUGAAUAAUUUACGGAUCGAUGGAAGGACCCUCAAAGCCUCGCUAGGAACAACUAAAUAUUGUAACCACUUCCUCAAAGGUGGCCAUUGUCCCAAAGCGGACUGUAUGUAUCUGCACGAACUGGGGGACGAGGCGGCAUCUUUCACCAAAGAGCAGAUGCAGGCUGGAAAACACACAGAAUACGAAAAACGGCUACACGAAGAACUGAGAGCGAAGGAAGCAACCAUCAAAGAGCACAAAAGCCGCGUCAGCCCCUCGCCGACAACGGAGAGAAUCGGAAUGUGUAUGGGAGCUCCGCAAUGUUCUCCUCAGCAGACCACGAAUCGUGCCAGACACAAAUCCGAAUGCUCGUCCGAAGAACCCUCGUCGUGUGAUGAUCAGAAAUCUCCAACUCCACUAUCGGAACGCAGUGAUUCCCCCACUGACCAGGAACUUGGACCGCAGGACGAAGCGCCAUUGGAAGAAACAGGAGAAUACGAUGAGUACGACACCUCGUACGGAGAUCAAUGCCAAGAUAGACAAAGACAGACCAGAGAAGAACGGGACCGAAACCAUGUCCAGCAGCGUUCUGCGAGCCCUCUUCUGUCGCAGCGGAAUCACAAGAGCCCUAGCGAUAACAGAUUGUCUCCAACGACAGGCGGCGACAUGUGUACCGGCGUCGAGCGGUUCCUCGAUCAAAGCGGCCCGCCAAUCAACAAUAUACACCUCCUCCAACAGCAGCAGCAGCAGCAAGCAUCGCCUAGUUCGUCCUCGUCGAACGCGAAUCUUCACGCGGCAGCCGCGAUGGCCGCGGCAAAUGCGACAGCGGCGGCAGCCGUAGCCAAUGGUGGUCAACCGACCAGUCUGGUGAACGAUAAUGAAUUGGACUUCGAUCCUUUCUAUAUCUCUCAAAAAGGACUGGCUGAUCUGAUCGAGCGGGAACAGCAUCAUCCCCAUGAGCAUAUGCCCCCUCUGAAUGCGCUCGGAGCUUUUCCUUUCGGCAGAAUACCGCAAGCAACAACCUCCCCGCCGGGAAUGCCGCUUCCUCCGGCUCCACCGACCGCGAACAGCUUCCUGCAGAGCAUGCCUCCUCUCAGCUCGCCUCAUUCCAUUGUCAAUUCGGCAUUGUCUGUGCAAUCUCACACACCGAUGAGAAGAGCACCCCCACCCGGUUUCGGUCCACCUUUGACAGCACCCACGCCGCCGCAAUCGCAAGGACCCUUCAAUCCAUUCACUCAAGCUCCUCCUAUUCCUGGCGGAGCUCAUCCAAUGUCUCCGUUUUUCGGUCAGAUGCCGACAGGCAGCGACCACAUGGGUCAAGGGUCACCGUUUGGACCUUUCAGGGGUUUCGCCAGUGGCACAAAUACUCCACCAGGAAUGCCUCAACGACAGAUCGGCAGUGGCAACGGCGGUGGUGGUGGCGGCGUCGGCGCCGGCAUCGGAGUCAGUGGUGGCGGUGUCGUAGGCGGUGGCUUGAGCACAGCUCACCACGACGAUCUUCUCAACAUGAAAGAACAGCAGGACCAGUUGCGACAGCUGCUGCCCUCGGUGAAUAUUUCGUUUGGACCGCCUCCCUCGUCCACUCAGAACGCCCCUCCUCCCGGACUGCAGGGGAUGUUGGGUCACCGUCAGAGCCCUAUGGGUCUUGGACUGAGCCACGGAACUCACGCGGGACAUUCGGGCAGUGGCUGGAAUGAUGCGCUUCAUGAUCCGGCUAUUCUCUCGUCUUCGAGACAUUUUCAGAAUGCAACCACCACUGGGCCAGAACAGAGGCCGCCGUUCUUUUAA